CGCAACACAAUAGCCGGGGGGAGAGCCUCCCCUCCUAAGCUCCGAUUGGCUGGACUCAACCUUGGUGGUUCCUGAUUGGCCCAAUGAAGAAACACCAAGUUACAACGUUAAAGAGAUUGUGCUAGUUGCUAUGGAGAAUAUAAAAACCAAGAAGACAAUAUCCCUGCUCUCAAGAAGUUGACAGUUGAGAGACAGCCAUACCAAAAGAAAGACUAUAAUAAAUACUUUAAAGGAAGUAAGUAUAAAGAAAGUUCCAUGCAAGUACAGCCCAGGGAGAGACCACUUCUGACCGUGAGGCAUAUGGGUAAUGGAGAAGGGAAACGCAUCUGAGGCUUCACAAUGGGUUUGCAGUAGGCCUUUGAAGAAUGGGCAGAAUUUAGAGAAGGGAAAAGGGAGAGAACCCCAGCGUGACCAAAGGAGCAGAAAGCACAGGGGGUAUUUGAGACAUGGUUUGACAGCAGUGCAGAGUUGGGAGUAAGGGGAAGUAUUGCUAGAAGGUACAAUGGGGUCAAGCCUCAGAGGCUCUUGAGUGCCAUUCUUCUGACCUUGAAAAAGAUACUCUUUUAAAUAAUUGCUAAUUAAAACUAUUUAUUGUAUGUCAUCUUAAAAGCACACUGAGAUAUAUCUAAAGUAUGCUAACUUUUAAUUUUAUCACAGAUGAUUUAGUGAAGUUUCUUUUGACUGUAGAUUUUUUUAAACAGCUGUAGUGCAUGAUAUAAAAGGGCAUAUGCUUCAAUACUUUUUUAUUUUUGGGAAAGGAUCUCCCAAUCUAUUAACACUCUGUUGUCAGUACACUUUGUUGGCAGCUGUGUGUAUUUUCAAGAUGACUAGUUGAGGUCUGGAGAUGCAUAGUUUACUGGCUAUGUGGGAUUACUUCACAUGAUCUUUUCUAGACUAGUAAUCUCCAAAGGGAGUGCAUGAAAUAAGCCAUUAGUGUAUGAGACGGAAGUAUUAGAAAGUGCGUUCCUAUUUAAUUUUUCUCAUCCUUUUUUAUUUUCUAUUUUUUUGUAUUUUUUAUAAUAAUAGUAUUAUUGAAUGUCUGUAGAAAUUAUAUAUAGUGUUAUAUACACAUCUGGGGGCUGGAAGCUCAUAAUUUUUGCUGCCCCAUAUUUAACUUAGGGAUCCAUUUUGUGAAAGAGGAAUUACUGUGGUGGACACUCACUCCUGGGUUAUAGAUUAUGCACAAGAAAUAAGGAGAUUUAAAAGAUGAUAAUUCGUUGAACUUUAGAAUUACUAAUUUGAUCUCUUGUCAGUGCUGUCUGUGGAAUACAAGCUAUUGUACUUUUGAAAAGAAAUUGUGUUUCCCAUGCAACUUUUCUGAUCAUUUCUCCUUCCUUUCCUUCUCUGUUUGAGUUACUAAAUAUUUCUUCUGUAUACGUUUUUAGUAUGCAUGUAUGAAUAUCUAUAUGUGUUUCUGUACCUAAGCACACAUAGAGAUGCUCUUUCACCACCCCCUCCAGAAACAAGUGAGAAUGACCACUUUAACUCACCGGACCCGUCGCGCUGAAGUAGGGAAGAACUUUGAAAAGAAAGUGGAAAGUGACGAUGACACUAAUCAGGAGAGGAAUCCAGACACUGAGGACUCUGGAGACUCUAAGGAUAUCCGCCUCACCCUUAUGGAAGAAGUAUUGCUCCUGGGACUGAAGGAUAAAGAGGGUUAUACAUCUUUCUGGAAUGACUGCAUCUCCUCGGGCCUGCGAGGGGGCAUCCUGAUAGAACUGGCCAUGCGGGGUCGGAUCUCUUUGGAACCCCUCACCAUGCGUAAGAAGAGACUACUGGACAGAAAGGUACUGGUAAAGUCAGACAGCCCAACAGGUGAUGUCUUACUGGAUGAGACCCUCAAGCACAUUAAAGCAACGGACCCCACAGAAACUGUCCAAACGUGGAUAGAGCUACUUACCGGUGAGACCUGGAACCCCUUCAAACUGCAGUACCAGCUGAGGAAUGUACGAGAGCGAAUCGCAAAGAACCUAGUAGAGAAGGGCAUUCUAACCACUGAGAAGCAGAAUUUCCUUUUAUUUGACAUGACCACUCACCCAGUGACCAACACAACAGAGAAGCAGCGACUAGUGAAAAAACUGCAGGCCAGCGUCCUAGAGCGGUGGGUGAAUGACCCCCAGCGAAUGGACAGGCGGACGCUGGCACUCCUGGUGCUGGCCCACUCCUCCGACGUGCUGGAGAACGUCUUCUCCUCUCUGACAGAUGACAAGUAUGACAUGGCCAUGAAUCGAGCCAAGGACCUGGUGGAACUGGACCCUGAAGUAGAGGGGACGAAGCACAGUGCCACAGAGAUGAUCUGGGCUGUGCUGGCAGCCUUCAAUAAAUCCUAAAGCCAGCCAGUAGGUUUCUCCUUUUCCCCUGCUGGCUGGUGCCUGUCAGAGACCGCAUCACUGAGUUCUGUGUGAUGAGAUGUUUUCACAUCACAUGUUUUCCUUCUCUUAAAUCAGACUUCGUGGUUUGAGGCAGUGGCAACAUCAGGGUUUCUCCGUAGACUGUGACGAUUCUAAGUAGACUUUAUUUCACCCUAUACUUCCACUCCAGAGGGAAAGAGACGGGUGAACACACACCCAGUAAACAUCUUCUCCCAUUUCUGGGCAUAGUUGCGUCCAGUAUGCUUUUGGACAAGCAGGAAUACCUAAUGGGGUUUAGACUUCUCAGCUACAGAAUGAAUGAGAUGAACAGCAAAGCAGUUAUUACAUUUUGUAAGUUUUUUGUUUUCUGUCUUAAAUACAUGGUGGUUUCAAAGCCUUUGUCUCUAAGACUUUGCGAAGUAAUGUACUUUAUUAAAAUAAUCAUCUCUUUAAAUAAGGGACAGUGGAAACAAAACUAAUUUUUGGAGCAGAUGGUCUCUGGAAUUGUGUGUCCUGCAGGUGAUUUUCUCAUCUUCCCUUUUCUAAUCCAAUGAGAAUGUCCCAAAUUUGAUUACCUGAUUCUCACAUCUUAGAACCAAAAAAUAGAUUCUGUGCUCCCUCUUAACAUCAUCCUGUUCCCUCACUCAGCAGGACAAAAGUCUAAUGGAAAAAAAAAAAUGGUCUCUCUCAGCCACCUCUUUCACGCAGUCAGCAUUAGAAUUUGUAAGGGAGGGAGGUCGCAGGAGAACGUCCACCCUUCAGCAUGUGACCGUCCUGUUCCCCAGACUACAUUCCAUGUCUCUGCGCUGACUGAACUGAGGGGGCUGUAAACCUCAGUUGGCGAAUAGCAGCACCCUGAGUCCAGACAGUGUAUCUGAACUCAGGGCUAUUGUUGCCUGCUUUUAGGUCUCCCACACAAGCUGAGAAAUUCUGUCUAUAUUUAAGGGUUCUGGGAGUAGUUUUGUGUAUACUUAAUCCACAGAAGAGUCAUCAGUCCUGGUUUAACAUAACCCUCUUUCUGGCCAAAUCUCUAAAACGUUUUCACUUCAGUAGUGAGGGCAGAGAAAAGCUUUAUUAAGAAAGAUCCCAUUUAGAGGGGCAACUUGGUGUCAGAAGCAGCCUAAUGGAAUUUGCCAGUAUAACUUCAUUUCCUCCCCCAGCCCUACCCACCCUCACAAA